GGGCUAUAAAGUUGCAGGGAGAGGCAGAGGCAGUAGCAGCUGUUUUGCUUAGAUCUUAGCAAGCCUUCAGCCUCAUGAUGAGGGAGUGCAUUUCCAUCCACAUCGGGCAGGCUGGCGUGCAGAUGGGCAACGCCUGCUGGGAGCUCUACUGCCUUGAGCAUGGCAUCCAGGCAGAUGGAACCAUCCCUGGCCCCAAGCAGGUGAAACCUGCAGAGCCAAAGUCUGAGCAAGUGGAUUCUUCCUUUGAGACCUUCUUCUGUGAGACAGCAUCUGGCAAGCAUGUGCCCAGGGCAGUCUUCAUAGACUUGGAGCCCACUGUCAUCGAUGAGAUCAGGACUGGCACCUACCAUGCUCUCUUCCACCCAGAGCAGCUCAUCAGUGGCAAGGAAGAUGCUGCCAACAACUAUGCCCGUGGCCACUACACCAUUGGGAAGGAGAUCAUAGACACUGUCCUCAGCAGGAUUCGUAAGAUGGCUGACCAAUGCAGUGGCCUCCAAGGGUUCCUGGUGUUCCACAGCUUUGGGGGCGGCACAGGCUCGGGGUUCACCUCCCUCCUCAUGGAGCGACUCUCGGUCGAGUACAGCAAGAAGUCCAAGCUGGAGUUCUCAGUCUACCCAGCCCCGCAGGUGUCCACAGCGGUGGUGGAGCCCUACAACUCCAUCCUCACCACCCACACCACCCUGGAGCACUCCGACUGCUCCUUCAUGGUGGACAACGAGGCCAUCUACGACAUCUGCAACCGCAACCUGGACAUCGAGCGCCCGACCUACACCAACCUCAACAGGCUGAUCGGGCAGAUCGUCUCCUCCGUCACCGCCUCGCUGCGCUUCAACGGUGCCUUGAACGUCGACCUCAUCGAGUUCCAGACCAACCUGGUGCCCUACCCCCGCAUCCACUUCCCCCUCACCACCUACGCCCCCAUCGUCUCUGCCGAGAAGGCCUACCACGAGCAGCUGUCCGUGCCCGAGAUCACCAACGCCUGCUUCGAGUUCUCCAACCAGAUGGUGAAGUGCGACCCGCGCCGGGGCAAGUACAUGGCCUGCUGCCUGCUGUACCGCGGCGACGUGGUGCCCAAGGACGUCAACGCCGCCAUCGCCGCCAUCAAAACGCGCCGCUCCAUCCAGUUCGUGGACUGGUGCCCCACGGGCUUCAAGGUGGGCAUCAACUACCAACCGCCCACGGUGGUGCCCGGCGGCGACCUGGCCAAGGUGCAGCGCGCGGUCUGCAUGCUGAGCAACACCACGGCCAUCGCCGAGGCCUGGGCUCGCCUGGACCACAAGUUCGACCUGAUGUACGCCAAGAGAGCUUUUGUGCACUGGUACGUGGGGGAGGGCAUGGAGGAGGGGGAGUUCUCUGAGGCCAGGGAGGACCUGGCUGCCCUGGAGAAGGAUUACGAGGAGGUGGGAAGGGACUCGGCAGACGGAGAAGAUGAGGAGCCGGAUGAGGACGAGUAUUGAGAAACUGCAGCUCGUGCUUAAGGGAGCUGAACCUCAGCUGGAGCCCAAACUCUCUGCUGCAAUCCAAACCCUGGCAUCAGGCUAAGCUGAUCCCAAGUGCCUGGAGGUGCCACAGGAUUGUCCUGGCCAUCAAGCCUACUGUUUGCCAUAUUAAAGCUUUCUGCUUGCAUGCUCUGCGUGCUCACAGUGCUCUCUUCUAGCAUGGGUGUCUUGAGCUUUAUCGCGCUGUUGUCUAUCGCUGGGAAGGUGCCAGGUUGGAGACCCAUCCUGCCUAGGCAGAGGAAGCUGCUUCCUCCUGCAGGGGAAGGUGGCAAGCUGCCUGCUUUGGCUGCAAUGGCAAAAAUCUUGCUCUGGCUUUUACAGUGAAAGCACCUUUACAAAUGCACCUCUGCACCUCUCUGCGACGGUUUGGGGGGGGUUUUGUAUCUGAAUAAACACACUUUGUGUUGUGCUUUA